UUUGAGCUUCAGUCCAGACGUCUAUCCAUCCAUCACCCCGUCCUUCAUCUUCUCCACCAUGGGCAACAUCCGCCAGACCAGAAAGAAGAGAUCUUCUACUCCCAAGGUGAAGGCCAAGAGAACGGGUCUUCUCAAGAGCGGCAAGAAGAAGAUCAAUGUCUUGGGAAAUGCUAUCAUUGCGGAAAAUUGGGACCGCAAGUUGACCCUUACCCAAAACUACCGCCGCCUGGGUCUCGUCCAUCGCCUGAAUGCUCCGUCCGGUGGUUCUCAAAAGCGCGCAACCGAGGAGGGUGUUGAGGGAGAGCCGGAAGAUUCUUUGUACAUCAAGAGCAGUGCUCAGGCUGUCGCCAAGCAGACGGCAACCAGCGACAUCAAGGUUGAGCGUGAUCCGGAGACUGGCAAGAUUCUGCGCGUAAUCCGCAACGAUGACGAGGUCGAAGUGGCUGGACGCAAGCACAAGCGCAACAACCCGCUCAACGACCCUUUGAACGAUCUGUCUGAUAACGAGCGUGAGGCCGCACAAUUGCGACAGAAGACCCCCGGAACUAGCAUCGUCCAGCAACUCGAGCGCCAGGCGGAUCAGGAGGGAGUUACCGUCAAGGCCAAGAAGCCGCGUCACCAGAGCAAGCGGGAGGAGGAGUGGAUUUUGAAACUGGUUGAACGCCACGGAGAGAACUACACCGCUAUGGCUCGCGACCGGAAAUUGAACCCUAUGCAACAGAGUGAGGGUGACCUGAAGCGGAGGAUCCGCAAGUGGCAGCAGAGCCGGUCAUGAUUGUGUGAUUUUCAUUGAUGCAUUUCUAUGGGCGAGUACGGCGUUCGACAGGACUGAUUUGGGAUAAAAGUGCUUGUGGCUGGGUUGGAUCCUUUCUAAUCUGUCACUGCUAUGCGGUUAUACCAUCUUAUAGACUUCAUCUGCGCAUGUCUGGCACAGAUCGCAACUGUUAAUGUACAUUGGUUAGGACAUCCAACUGGCUGUGCCUGUUCCAUGCCAUGCAUGCCAUGCAUACCAUAU